AAAGGCCUAAGCCGCUGGUAGCACAAAAGCGCAAUUAAUUUGUCGCCAUUGUGGGACAUCUAGGCUCGAGCAAGACUAUCCCCUUUCCUAACCUUCCUUUCGUUAACCCUCAUUGCAAUCAAUCGUUAUUUUUUGAAAUCGGCAAGCGAGAUUGUUAUUAGCUCAAACUUGCGCGUCUCCUCCCCUUUCCUCUCGUUUUAUCAUAUCAAAAAAAAGAAAAUAGCAAUAUGCGCGCUCGAGUGUUCUGGUUAGCGUUUUUCCGGUUCAUAUUACUCAUAUUAAGCUUGGCAGCGCUUGCUUGCCACAUUGCCAAUAUUGUAUUGCUGACCAAGCAGGACGACUCAGGGCCUUGGUUCCCUGAGCAUAUUCCUUAUGUGCUUUAUUUUGUUGGACCUGGUGUCUCGGUGAUUUGCUCGAUAGCACUUAACAUGGUCAGCAUGUCUAAUGUGAAAUCCAUCCGGGGCGAUCGUACGAUGGGUAUUCUAAAUCUGGCGCUUAUGAUUGCAGUCAUUGUCUACAACACACUCGAGGGAGGUGUUUUCCCAUGGAUUGGCGGUCAUGAUGAAGACGGACCCACAACAGCGAAUCGUGGGUUUGCAGCAUAUUGCAUGAACUGGGCUGAAUCGACUACCCAAUAUCGCUGCUGGCUUACCGAUGGUGUAUGGUUGGGAUGCAUUCUUAUUGCCGCUUUCUGGCUGUUCCUGAUAAUCUUUGUUUACGCUCAAAAAAGUUCGGAUAUUUACGACGAUGAUUACGAUGUGUACGACUUUAAGGAGGAUGUUCCCAUGGCAGUAACGUCGUCGAAAAACGAACCAGCAUAUCACGCGUCAUCGCCUACAUCUAACCAGGCACCAGCUCCGUCCGGUGGUAAUUACUACAGCAAUCAAGGCAACUACCAAGAAUAUGAGAGUUACUACGACUAUCCUCCGCAGUCUCCUUAUGCUGGUUAUAAGCAACCUGCAUCAGCAGCUGGUGGCUAUGCGGGUGGAUAUGGCUAUACUGCUGCAGCCGGAGGACCAGCAACAACAGGCUAUGCACAGGACGAUACUGUACAUAUCUUGUCGGAUGCUGGUCAACCGCAAUACUACUCGCCUCAUUUGAACACUGGCUCUUCAGCUCCUGGUGCUGCCGGUUCGUCACCACAUAUCAAAGCACAAACGCCAAAUGCGUACUGAUUAGUUUAACAUCAACCGGAUCCCCUUCCUCCUCCCCUUGUGCAUAUCUUGUCUACGAUAUAUUCCUCUCUUUUCACUGUCUUGUCUCAUAAUAAUAGUAUAUAUAUAAUCUUUGGAAGUUCAUUCUCUAGAAUCACUAAAUUGCUCCUGUUCCUACGAUGUGAAUUGAACUAGGCCCAAG